AUCACCUUCCUCCAUUCUGCACAAUUUCCCUUCUACUUUUCUACACCGAAAAUAUGGCCACUCGCUUCAUGUUAUUCUCCGCACCGCCUCCGACCAAGCCUCACCAACCCCUCCACUCACCUACCCCUCUUCCCCAAACACACCACACACCAUCAACAAAACGCAGAGCCACCAGGAUCCACAGCACCAGCAAGUUUGGAAACUUCCUUCAGUUAAAGCCUCAGCACCAACCUCAAGCCUUGGAUUUCGACCUUCCAUGGUGCCACCCUUCUGAUCGCGCCACUUUCGACGUCAUCAUCAUCGGUGCUGGCCCUGCCGGCACAAGGCUCGCGGAGCAAGUGUCUCUCUAUGGAGUCAAGGUUUGUUGUGUUGACCCUGAUCCUCUACUUAUGUGGCCUAACAACUAUGGUGUGUGGGUCGAUGAGUUCGAGAGCCUUGGUCUUGAGGAUUGCCUUGACAAAACUUGGCCUAUGGCGUGUGUUUAUCUUAGUGACACCAAGACCAAGUACUUGGAUCGUUCUUAUGGAAGGGUUGGUAGGAGGAAGCUGAAGGAGAAAUUGAUUCAACGCUGUGUCUCCAAUGGGGUUAGGUUCCACAAGGCAAAGGCAUGGGAAAUUCAGCACAAGGAGUUUGAGUCCACUGUUUUGUGUGAUGAUGGGGUAGAGCUGAAGGGGAGUUUGGUUGUGGAUGCAAGUGGAUUCGCUAGUACUUUUACAGCACUUGAUGAGGUGAAAAGGAAAAACCGUGGCUUUCAGAUUGCUCAUGGUGUUUUGGUUGAAGUGGAUGAUCACCCUUUUGAUUUGGACAAGAUGGUUUUGAUGGAUUGGAGGGAUUCUCAUCUGGGGAAUGAACCUUACUUGAGGGCUAGCAAUUCAAGAUUUCCUACUUUCCUCUAUGCAAUGCCGUUUAGUUCCAAUUUGAUAUUUCUUGAAGAGACUUCACUUGUUAGCCGUCCAGUGUUGUCAUACACGGAAGUGAAGAUGAGGAUGGUUGCAAGGCUGAGAAACUUGGGGAUUAGAGUGAGGAGUGUGUUGGAGGAUGAGAAGUGUUUGAUUCCAAUGGGAGGGCCUCUCCCAAGGAACCCUCAAGAAGUGAUGGCUAUUGGUGGAACUUCUGGGGUGGUGCACCCCUCCACUGGCUACAUGGUGGCUAGAACAAUGGCUGUGGCUCCUAUUGUGGCUGCUGCUAUAGCUGAGUGCCUUGGCUCCACCAGAAUGAUAAGAGGGAAACCACUUUAUUCUAAGGUUUGGAACAGCAUGUGGCCAAUUGAGGAGAAGUUGGCGAGGGAGUUUUACUCUUUUGGAAUGGAGACUCUCUUGAAGCUUGACUUGGAUGGAACAAGGAGUUUCUUUGAUGCCUUUUUUAACUUGAAGCCUUAUUACUGGCAAGGGUUCCUCUCUUCUAGGUUGACUUUCAAGGAGCUUCUGUGGCUAAGCAUAACACUCUUCGGACGUGCCUCCAAUCCUUCUAGGCUUGAUAUUGUCACAAAGUGUCCAUUGCCAUUGGCUAAAAUGAUGGGCAAUAUCUCUUUGGAAUGCAUUGGAUGAUGGAGAGUGUUUGUCAAGUGUAUGCUGGUUUUUGAACUUGCUUUUUGAUUUGUCGAGUUUUCAUUGAUCUGAUAAUUUUGCUCCUGAUUUAAAAUCGUAUCUGUUCAGUUGAAUGUGAAAUAGACAUCCACAUCUAAUGCUCUUUUGGUA